AUUUUAGGAUAACGUAUUUUAACAGGGAUUCUAAAUAUGUGCAAACAUUUUGUUGCUCUGGGUUGGGCUUCGGUAUGUCUUCAAUGGCUUUUAGUGUUGCCUAAUGCAGCAGCUGAAAGCGGCAACAAUGAAAUGAGCAACACCACUAUCAAGAGCGACACAAAUUCGGUUCAAAAUAUUGCUGCUACUCAAGUUGACAAUACCAGCACUAAUGCUAACGAUAACAAUAGCACUGGCAACAUCAGCAGAAGCAACAAUAAUAAUAACAACAACGACAACCACAACCACAGUAAUCCGCACUUCAAAUCAAAUCGAACGACAAUUGUGCAUUUAUUUGAAUGGAAAUUUUUGGAUGUUGCUGAGGAAUGCAUAAAUUUUCUGGGUCCGAAUGGAUAUGCCGGCGUACAAUUGUCACCCGUCACGGAGCAUUUGGUUGUGCGUACUGCAAGGUAUAGUCAUCCCUGGUGGGAGCGCUAUCAACCUAUUUCAUACAAGAUAGCAACACGUUCCGGUAGUGAAGAUGAAUUCCUGAAAAUGACGCGUGCCUGCAAUGCAGUCGGUGUACGUAUCUACGUGGAUGUAGUGCUGAAUCAUAUGGCUGCAAAUAAAUACAACCCCACCGACAGUAGUCACAGGAAUACGAGUAACACUAAAGAUAAAACAAACGAGUCCAAUGGCACCUUUCCAUUGUUGGGAAAUGCCGGCAGUAAGGCAAAUGCCAACACUUUUGACUAUCCAAGUGUACCAUAUAAAGUUAAGGAUUUUCACAAAGCAUGCAUGCUAGAAAAUUAUCAGGAUGCACAUGAGGUGCGUAAUUGUCAGUUGGAUGGACAACCGGAUUUGGAUCAUUCAAUUGCUAAUGUGCAAGUUCGUAUUGUUGAAUUCUUAAAUAAAUUGGUGGACUUGGGUGUGGCAGGAUUUCGUGUUGAUGCAGCAAAACAUAUGUGGCCAAUUGAUAUAAAGCAUAUGGUCAAUAAUGUAAAAAAUUUAAAUAGUGAAGACUUUGAUUUUGCAAUGGGAGCAAGACCAUUCCUUUAUCUCGAUGUUGCUGAUGUUGGUCUUGAUGCAGUAUCGAAGUAA